AGAUAUAUCUGACUUUUGUCUGUGUGAGUUUUGGGUUUGUAGUUGUGACAUUGUUUUUUUUGGUGUUUUUUGGUUAUAUUGUGUGUGCGUGUGUUCUUUUUUUUUUUUUCUUUCUUUUUUUGUGGGGCUGAGUGAGAUAAAUGACCAAAGAUUUAUAAUCUCCUCUCUGACCAACCUCUGCCAGAAGCAUCAAAACUCUCUCUUGGACAAGAAUUCGGUUAAAUGCUUUUCUUUCGUGUAUUUGACAUGGCGGAUACUGCAGCUUGAGGUUUUUCUGGGAUUAGCAGCUGUAGCUGCUGUAGCAGAAAGUAUCAGGUUUCAGGGUGGUGCUGCCCGUUUGCAGAUGAAGAGCAACAACCAAUAAGCAAAGACACAACAUCAAAACUGAAAAAUAAUAAUAAUAAUAAUAAAAUCCAGACAAAAGCAAAUAGUUUACAUUAGUACAAAAAGAGAGUGAGGGAAAGAAAAAAAAAAGUAGAAACUUUGGAAGAGUAUUAAGAAUCUGGAUUUCCAGAGGAAUCAUCACCAAAACCAAGUGAGACCCAUUAUUCCCCAACAAAUCCCAAACCCAACAACAACAACAUCACAAAAGCAAGAGCACCAAAAUCAUCCACCACUUGCCCAAAACCAAAUCCAAAACCAGCCAAUACCACAUGUAGAUAUCCUCAACCAAACCCAAACCGAACAUGCAAAACCCAGAAGGGAGAGAAUCAUCGUCAACACCAAAAACGACAUGCGAAUGAAGGGUGUCGGAGGCGGCGAGAUUGUCCAAGUCCAAGGAGGCCACAUUGUCCGCUCCACGGGCCGGAAAGACCGCCACAGCAAGGUCUACACCGCCAAAGGCCCACGCGACCGCCGGGUCCGCCUCUCGGCCCACACGGCGAUCCAAUUCUACGACGUCCAGGACCGGUUAGGCUACGACCGGCCCAGUAAAGCCGUCGACUGGCUUAUCAAGAAGGCUAAGUCCGCCAUCGACAAGCUCGCCGAGCUGCCAUCGUGGCAUCCGACAGGGAAUUCGGACCACGACGCGGAUCCGGAGGCUGACCCGAAUGUGAGUGUUUCGGGAGAGAUGGGUAUCGGGUCGGAGGAGCAGUCCGGGUACGGAUUUCAGCUCCAGAGAGCGGAAUUGAGUGCGGGCGAGAACACUGAUUUCAUCGCCGACACGAUGAAAUCGUUUUUCCCGACGACGACAUCGGUGGCGGCAAAUUCGUCCAUGAAUUUCCAAAACUACCCUCAGGACAAUCUUCCGACGCAAGAUUUGGGGCUCUCGUUGCACUGUUUCCAAGAGCAGGGCGGUGCGGACCACGCGCCUCCGAGCGAGCAGGCGAUGUUCGGGUCCGUGGUCGGGUUCGGGUCGAGCGGCUACCAGAGGAUGGUGGCGUGGAACGGCCACGAUCAGGCGAGCGGCGGCGAGAGCAGGGGAUUCGCUUUCUACGCGCCGCCGCCGCAGCUGACGGCGGCGCACCAGCAGGCUUUGCUAGGGCAAGGCUCCGCGGCGACGCCGUUUAGCAAUCAGAGGGGAACCCUUCAGUCCAGUUUUUCCACACCGUUGGCUAGAGCUUGGGAUGAUAUGCCGUCGAUGGCCGUGGCGGCGGCGGCGGCGUCUCAGAGACCGCAACAGCAGCACAUUCACCAGCACUCGUCUUCCUCGUCGUCGAUCUUCGGGACGCGUUUCGCCUCCUACGGAGGCGGUUUGCCGGUGUUCCGUAUUCCGGCGAGAAUCCACGGCGAGGAGGAGGACGGCGGACACGGCGUCGUUUCGGAGAGGCCGUCGUCGUCUUCCUCUCCGAAUUCUGCUCACAAUUGAGAGAACCAAAAAAGAAAGCAAAAGAAACGAAAAGCUGGAAUCUUUUCGUUCUCCAGUAG